AUGGCAACGCCCUUCAUACUGCCGAAGCUUCGAAAGAUAAUGCGCAAGAAGAAACCCGACAUCGAUGUUCGUUCGUAUGUUGGCAGCGACAACGUGACCGUAGUUCUCCCGGACCCUUCGGAGGUCAGCAAAGCGGGGCCCGCACCUGGAUCGCGCGAUCAGCAGAAACAGCAGCAGUAUCUUGAUGAGUACCAGAAGUGGCAGCAGCAAGAGCGACAAAGUCAGCAGCAGUAUCAGCAACGGCAACAGUACCAGCAACAGUACUCGCAGCCUGACCCGCAUACGUAUCCGCCCCAGUACCAACAACAACCGCAGGCGUCUUACCCUACUUGGGGCACACCAGGGGGGUAUCCGCAAUAUACAAACCAACAGUAUGCGUACCCGCCAUACCCGGACCCACGAUAUACCUAUCCUCAGCCCACCGCUCAACCAUCUUAUCCAACCGGGGGUGCACGUUAUCCGUCGCCGUACGUGACACCUACGCCUCAAUACGAAACGGGGUAUGAGAAACUGGGCGAAGAAUUUGAGCAAGGUCGGAAAAGCGGUCGCUUGCCCAAGGCCCGGGAUAAGCGACGUGAGAAAGUGGAGCGGCCUAGGAGGACAACUCGCCUAGGGGCAAAGUAUGAAGAGCCACCAGAAAUAUACGAAUCGAAGUACGAUGAUGGCGAGUUCCCUGACCGUUGGUUUGAUAAUUAG